UAUUCGAGCGGCGUUCUACCCUCAAAGGGCGCGAUGAAGCAGAGUCGGGCCCGGACGAAGAUGGCCCGGGCAGCGAGGCAGACGAUAACGACGCAAUCCCCGACGAGAUGAACCCGCUACGGGAUCUCCGUGCCGUUCUUCAUGUUGCGGACGAUUCGGAGAUUUGGGAGAGGACGUGCAGGUUCUUCUGUCACGACAAAGCACAUACGGCAUACGACCAGGGCGUCAAGCUGCUCGGAACGACCCUGUGCCUUCACCCUCACCAGAUGGAGGCGGUCUACGCGCUGUUGCAGCGGAGCUUUGGCGGGCACUUCAACGGCGGCAUCGUGGCGCUCGACACUGGGCUGGGAAAAACCAUCGUCAGCCUGGCUGCGGUCGCCGUCAUAAGGCUGGUGGAACUCAACCACUACGAGGUUAGACAGGAGUGGAGCACCACCGCGGCCGACAACGCGCGAGUCACUAUGCAUCGCCGGCAUAACCCCCAGGGCGUCACAGGCCCUUGUCCCUCGGGCAACCCAUGGAGCAUCGAGUGCUGCUGCGUAGCCGACUCAUUCAGCUCGGACAUCGCCCGGCAGCUGGGACCCGGUCCGUCGCUCGUUUUCACGCCGUCUAGCGUUGCCGGCCAGUUCGCCAAGGAGGCCAAGCGGUAUUUGGAGCAGGAGAUAGAGCGGCCUGGAUCGGAUAACGGCCAGCAUAGCCGUCAACGGUUUUCGUUCGUAGAUACUAUCGACCUAAGCACAGGCUCCACCCUUUCACGAGACAUCCAAAGCGACAUCUUGACGCAUUUCCUAGGUGCACGACCGGUUUACGCUCUACCCAAGAAGGGGUACCACGGGAUGGCGCCUAUGCUUGUCCCGGGUUCGGGUUCCGAGAUGGGGUAUACAGCAAACCAAGCGCAGCGGCUUUUUCUCAAGCACCGGCUCGUGGUCGUAGGUAGCAGCCCGGCAUCGCUCUCGUCAAAGGGCGGUAGCCGCAACUACUUUGCCCGGGCCUACAACUUAGCGCAGCAGCAGAGAAAGUCGCUACGACUAUACCUUGCCUCAUGGGCGGUGGCGCCUAGGUUCGUCGUCCUAGACGAGUUCCACCUUGUUAAGCAUACCUCGACUGUCGUCUACCAGACAUUGCAGCAGCUCCGGAGCCAAGCCGGCCCAUCUAACCGCUUCAAGCUGGCAGCACUAAGCGCAACGCCGAUCUCUGUAUCGCUACAGCAAAGCCUGAAGGAGGUACUGUCACUCAUCGUAUCGCCCGACGACUUGACUGCGUUCUGUACCGCCGCGCAGACGAUCGACGCUGCUACGAAGGCCGGCCUACCGAGAGACAUGGACAGAUACCAGGAGGCAAUGAAUACGUGCUCCGACCUGCUCGGGCGAGUCAUGACGCUCCGCACGACAACCGACCUCUUCCACGGUCAGGUGCUGCUGCCGCUCCCGCCGCUCCGCCACGAACGGGUCCCCUGCAGAUCUGCGAGGGCACAGCAGGAGGAUUUCAAGCGCAAGAUGGGCUUGCUGACGACCGCAUGGAGCCAGGAGGCCCGCGCCACGCUUGAGAAACAAACGCCCGCAACUAACGCGGCGAUGCGGGAUCGCUUCUUUCAGUUCGCCCGCUUCAACCAGUCGUUCAUGCGGACGCUCUGGCUCGGGUCGUUUCCGGGUAUCGUCGACCUGCCCAACGAUAUCUCGUCGGACCCAGCCGCAUGGUUGAACAGCAACACGAUAAACCGUGCCAUCACUACGAAGGAGGGCCGUGACAACCACGUUGUCGGCCAAUACAUCGACGUCAUCACCCGCGGCAGCGGAAAAAUGGAGCAGCUCCAGCGCUGCCUCGAUCGAGCUCUCCAUGACAUGGAUAUAGGCGAUACGGGAAUUGCCGGCCCAGUGCCGCUGAAGAAGCACGCCUGCGUCUUCGCCUCGCGUCCGGGAGUCGCACUCAUCAUCGCCGCGUACGCGGACAAGCACUGGUCGAGCCAGUGGGAAGUUGUCCUGGUGCUCUCGGCGGCUACCGUAGACGGAAAGAAGGCCAUCGAGGGUGCUUUCCGAGACAUUCCGAUUGGCUGCCCGGCAAAGCCUACGCUCUUCAUUGCCACUGUCGGCACCUGCGGCACCGGUCUCGACAGCCUCAAGAAGGCGAACCACGCCAUCCUCUUCGACCUGCCGUUCGUCGAGUCCGAUUCGAAGCAGGCCUGUGGCCGUGUCUGGAGACCCGGCCAGCGGUUUCCUUGCUACUGGACCGAGCUCUGGGCAGAAGACAGCGAGGCUGAGACACUGAUCAACGAGCGCCACGAGAAGCGGACGGACGCUUUUCGGCGCAUUCUGGGUCAUCGAGGUGGCAACAGCAGUAAGGCAGAAGGUGGCGGCCAGUGAUGGAGGGGGUGUGUGUCAGGAAGUGGGCUCGAGGGAUAUCAAGGGCCACUGCGUCGAGGGUCUAGGUAGUAGCUACGUCACUUUGAGAAAUAAACAUUGGCUCGCACUGUCCCUCCCAGACACCCACCCCAACUAAGUUAUUAGACGGUCGGA